AUGCGAAGCUCCAUUGACGGAGCCAAAGCCGCUGAGGCGGGCGUGAACGAAAAGUCCCACCCAGUGCCCCAAUCGCCCGACAACGGCAGCACAGCUCCCAGCGAUGAGACCUCAAAGGAUGCUCAGAAUGGUGUGCGAUAUGUUGAGGGAGCCACAUCCGUAUGGACAAAAGGGCAUUUGAUGGCUGCAUACGCAAACAUCUGGCUCAUCUAUUUUGUUGUGUCUAUGGAGGAAGUCGUUGUCCGCUCCCUCAAUCCGUAUGUGACCAGCGCAUUUCAACUUCACUCGUUGACUGCAGCCACUGGUAUCAUGGCAAGCAUCAUUGGAGGCCUGAGUAAAAUUCCACUCGCAAAAAUUCUUGACACCUGGGGACGACCUCAAGGCAUGGCUCUCAUGUUGUUUUUCUGGGUUAUCGGUUAUAUCAUGAAAGCUGCUUGCAACAACGUUCAGACAUAUGCUGCCGCACAGGUCUUCUCCUCUGUUGGCGCCCAAGGAGUCAGCUACUGUUUGACCGUCUUUAUUGCCGAUACGUCCUCGCUGAAAAAUCGAUCGCUGAUGUUGGCAUACGCCACUUCUCCCUACGUUAUCACCACCUGGGUUGGAGGCCCGGUUGCUAAAAGCAUUUUGGCGACUAUUGGCUGGCGUUGGGGCUUUGGCAUAUUCACCAUUGUCGUUCCUGCAGUUGUCCUACCUCUUUGCUUCCUGUUCCUUUGGGGCCACCGAAAGGCAGAGAGGCUCGGAAUAGUCCAACGCUCAGAGGGGCUCCGAAACUUGAACCUCCAGAAGGUAAAGAAGUACGCCAUCGACGUUGAUUUGAUUGGAAUCUUGGUGCUGGCUGCUGGUAUGGCUUUGUUCCUCCUGCCAUUCAGUCUUUGGACAUUCCAGGGACAGAAGUGGAAGGCUCCUUUGAUCAUCUGCAUGAUUAUCUUUGGAGGCCUCCUGCUUAUCUUUUUCGUGAUAUACGAGAAGUAUAUGGCCCCGGUGACUUUCAUCCCCUUCAAGCUUCUCACAGACCGCACUGUGUUAUUCGGUGCACUCUUUUUCCUCUUCGUCUUCUUCAACGGUGCAGUGUGGUCACUGUAUUUCUUCUCCAUGUUGCAGGUUGUCUGGGAAUUGGACGUCACCAACGCCACAUACAUCAGCAAUAUUUAUCGUGUCGGCUCCUGCCUGUGGGCUCUGGUAGUUGGUGUAUUGAUUCGAUGGACUGGCCGAUUCAAAUGGCUCGCCGUCUACUUCUCGGUUCCCUUGUUGAUGCUCGGAGUUGGCCUCAUGAUCCAUUUCCGUCAACCUGGCACCAAUAUCGGUUAUAUUGUGAUGACACAGAUCUUCGUCGCCUUUGCUAGCGGUACGAACGUUAUUACAGGCGAAAUGGCCAUGAUGGCUCCAUCGGAUCAUCAGCACAUUGCUGUUAUUCUCGCCAUUCUCAACCUAUUCGCUAGCGUCGGCCAGGCGUUGGGAGCAACUGUUGCAACAGUCAUCUGGACAAGCCGUUUCCGCUCCGCCCUGGAGGAAUAUCUCCCAGCAAACGCAGAUAUCGCUAAGAUAUAUGCCUCUCUCGUUACACAGCUCUCACAUAAACCAGGAACACCCAUUCGAAUUGGCAUCAGCCAUGCGUACGCAGAGGCUCAGCGCUAUAUGUUGGUCACCGGCUUGUGUGUUCUUUGCGGUGCUCUGGUAUGCGCUGCCUUGUGGAGAGACAUCAAGCUCAACGACAAGAAACAGGUCAAGGGAACUGUUGUUUAG